AACGCCUCAAGACCAAUGAUAAUAACACCUCCAAGACUAAUGACUCCAAUCCAGAAAGCGAUCAAAAAAAGCUAUCUGGUGUAGGUUUGAUUAUUGGUUUCCUGAUACUAUGGGAUUAUCCUGGUAUCGAUCCGAUAACUCUUUUAAAAGUAGAGGGAA